GUCCUGCCUUAAUGACCUCCGGCCGAAAGAUGCCAUGUUUUUGUCAAAUUUUCAACAAAUCCAAGCAAUAUCGACCGGUCAAAAGUAAAACCGGCAGUCCUCAAACAAACGCCAACGUUGGUGAUGGCACCGCUGACAACCCGACAGGUCAUGUCCCCCAGGAGGACAACAGCAGCAACAGCGGUCCCGUGUCCGCGUCGGCGGUCGUCCAGCUGAAGGCCAAAGUGUGGUCACUGCAAAACUCGCUGUCCGAUUCGGCCGUCAUCAACAACAACAUGCAGGAAGCAAUCACCGAAACCGUGGCGGAAAAGUAUCGACUGCUGGACGAGCUGAACCAGGCAAAAACCGAAGCGGCCCUCGCGGAGGCGCAGCGGGACGAGGAACGGAACCGGCACUGCCGGGAGCGGGACAAAUUUCUCCGGGAAAUUGAUUCCUACCGGAGCAAAAUUAACGAGCUGUCCUGUCUUGUGGAAAAAAUUGCCGAGCAAAAUAUCGAGCUGAAGCAGCAGCUGCUGGAGGCCAACGAUACGGUGUGCAGAGUUGCAAGGAAGUACAUGAAGCUGAAGUCUAUUGAAUGUUAGGA